AUGAAUAUGGAAGACUACAGCGUCUUUGUCAUCUCCUACGAGGACAGAAACUUCCAGGGUCGCUUCCACGAGUGCAACAAUGACUCCAGCGAGCUGCACGUGCACUUCAGCCGCUGCAGCUCCAUCAGAGUGGAGGGAGGAUUCUGGGUAAUCCAUGAGAGACCAAACUACAUGGGCUACCAGUAUGUGCUGAGCCCUAGACAGUAUCCAGACUACACAACAUUCAACAUGAAGCAACACCAUGAAGACCAUGAGAUAGAUGGUCAAUGUCCUUGGAUCUUCUAUGAGCUUCCCACCUGCAGAGGGAACCAGUUCCUGCUGGAGAGGAGCGAGUACAGACGGUACUCUGAGUGGGGGGGCAUGCAGCCCUCUGUAGGAUCCGUCCACCGGGUUAAGGAACACUAA